AUGCAUAAUCAAGAACAGACUUCAACAAACAUGCGAUUAAACAUUCUAUGUCUUUCAUCUAUAUUAUCCAUUAUAUUGCUCCUUUGUAAAAGUGCAUCGUGCAACAAACGAUUGGAUUCGAAUAGUAGAGAAAUACUCGAACUGCAUACAAAAUACAGACAGGAUUUAGUUGAUUGUAAAGUUGAUGGACAACCUCCAGCUCAAUAUAUGUCACCAUUGAAAUGGAAUUACAAUCUGGCUGCACAUGCACAAAAAUUGGCAAAAAAUUGCUCCUUUAAACACGAUAUACUUCAAUCGCAUGAAUUCGAUUGGGUUGGACAAAAUAUUGCUCUCCAUCCAACCAUUAAGUCAGGAGUAGAUGCUUGGUUCAAUGAGCACGAAUUAUACGACUACAAUCACAACAACUGUAUGAAAUGUUUGCAUUACACACAAAUGGCUUGGGCCAAGACCACAGACAUUGGAUGUGGAGUUGCGAGUUGUCCAAAAUACGGUCUAUCAAUCGUGUGUAAUUAUGGUCCAGGUGGUAAUUGGAAUAGAGAGAAACCAUAUGAAGUGAAAUCACGUGAAUUGUGCCCAAAAAUGCAGAAUAUUCCUAAAGACAGUUUUCGAACGAUGCGUGAUAAUACACAGCGUGCACCAUUAUCAAUAGUGAAUGUCAACCCCAAAUUGUCAUCGGCCGGUUCAAGUGGAAGUAGAAUUCACGAUCAACGACUUAGAGGUUUGCAAAGAACGAUGGAUGGGAAAAGCCUCGAAAUACUCAAAUUACAUAACAAUUACAGACAGGAUUUAGUUGAUUGCAAAGUUGAUGGACAACCUCCAGCUAAAUAUAUGUCACCAUUGAAAUGGAAUUACAAUCUGGCUGCACAUGCACAAAAAUUGGCAAAAAAUUGCUCUUUUGAACACGAUAUACUUCAAUCGCAUGAAUUCGAUUGGGUUGGACAAAAUAUUGCUCUCCAUCCAACCAUUAAGUCAGGAGUAGAUGCUUGGUUCAAUGAGCACAAUUUAUACAACUACAAUCACAACGACUGUAUGGAAUGUUUGCAUUACACACAAAUGGCUUGGGCCAAGACCACAGACAUUGGAUGUGGAGUUGCGAGUUGUCCAAAAUACGGUCUAUCAAUCGUGUGUAAUUAUGGUCCAGGUGGUAAUUGGAAUAGAGAGAAACCAUAUGAAGUGAAAUCACGUGAAUUGUGCCCAAAAAUGCAGAAUAUUCCUAAAGACAGAUUUCGAACGAUGCGUGAUAAUACACAGCGUGCACCAUUAUCAAUAGUGAAUGUAAACCCCAAAUUGUCAUCGGCCGGUUCAAGUGGAAGGAGAGUUGUUCUAAACGGUCAACGUAUUCCUAUGAAUAAUUUGCAUCAUAAUGGUCGCAAUACACAGGUUAUAUGGAUAUCCCGAACGGGAAACCGACAAGAAUUUUCUAUGAGCGAUCGUGGUGGGAGUGGUCUUGACUAUGUACAAGGUCAGCAUAAUCGUAGAAUUGUGCGAUAUAGAAAAUGA